AUGAUUAUCUUUAAAAUAUUCUUAUUUUUAUUAUACUUUACAUACAGUAAUGCUGCCAAUAUUCUUAUUCUACUACCAUAUAGUGCCAAAUCUCAUUAUUAUUCUCUAAGACCUAUCGGAUUGGAACUAGCUCGACGAGGUCACAAUGUUACAGUUAUCACCGCUAACAAAGAAACAGAUUACCCACCAACAUAUCAUCAAGUGAUGGUCGAGGACACUAAAAUAUGGGAAGUCCUUGGUGGCGGUAGACCAAACGUGUUUAGCAUAACGGAACUCUCUGCAGAACAAUUUUAUCAGAAGUAUAUAUGGCCUGGUUCCUUGAUUCUCGUGGAAAACGCGCUUAAGUCUCCCGAAGUUCAGGCUUUUCUUGCCCGCGAUGGGAAAUUUGAUCUUGUCAUAGGGGAACAGUUUAUGCAAGAAGCUUUUAAUUGGGCAACAGAAACUUUCGAACUGUUAGACGUUGAAAAUCCGACAAGUUUCUUUGGCAGAUUAAGAAAUAUGUACUUCUCGAUAUACGAAUAUGUAUGGUGGAGGUUUUCGUUCCUCGAGGAACAAGAAGAAUUGGUAAGAAAAUACAUACCAGGUUUACCAGAACCUGUCCCAAGUUUGUAUGAUAUACAAAGAAACACAUCCCUAAUGCUUGUAAACAGCCAUUUUAGUGUGGAUACUCCUAUGGCUUAUUUACCAAAUAUUAUUGAAAUAGGGGGAAUACAUCUUACAAAAAGUGACAAGAGUUUACCAAAGGAUCUCCAAGACUAUUUGGAUGGUGCUGACUAUGGAGUGGUAUAUAUUAACUUCGGUUCUAAUGUACGGAGUACCGAUUUAUCAAACGACAAAAAAACAGCAUUCAUUAAUGUUUUUAAACGUUUGAAACAAAGAGUUCUGUUUAAAUGGGAAGAAGAUGAACUAGUAGGAAAGCCAGAUAACGUUUUGAUAAGCAAGUGGUUACCGCAAAAGGAGAUACUUGCUCAUCCAAAAAUUAAGGUAUUUAUUUCACACGGUGGUCUAAUAGGAACACAAGAAGCAGUUUACAAUGGAGUACCAGUCAUAGGAAUACCAGUGUUCUCAGACCAACUUAACAACAUUCUUUUACUUCAAGAUAUGGGAAUCGGAAAACUCUUGAAAUAUAAAGACAUCUCAGAAGAAAGACUUUACACUUUACUACGAGAAGUACUAGAUGAUGAAGGUUAUAGAACAAAAGCGAAGGAGAUCUCCAGACGAUUUAAAGAUAGGCCCAUGAAUGCGUUGGACACGGCUAUUUUUUGGUUGGAAUAUAUUAUUAGAAAUAAUGGGGCAUCAUAUAUGAAGAGCCCCGCUAUGGAAUUAAGCUGGCUUGCAUACACAAUGCUCGAUAUGAUUUUUAAAAUCUCUGUGUUUUUGUUUUGCUUGACAUUCAGCUAUGCUGCAAAUAUACUGUACGUUAUACCAUUUAGUACAAAGUCCCAUUAUUAUUCUCUAAGACCUAUCGGAUUAGAGUUGGCUCGAAGAGGCCAUAAUGUUACAGUCAUCACCACUAACAAAGAAACUGAUUACCCACCAACCUAUCAUCAAGUAACAGUGGAGAAUACACAAUUUUGGCCAGUUUCUGAUGGCAAAAAACCAAAUAUAUUUAGUAUGGCGGAACUAUCUGCUGAGCAAUUUUACCACAAUUUUAUAUGGAGUGGAUCGUUACAAAUAGUGGAAAAUGCGUUAAAGUCUCCAGAAGUACAAGCUUUGUUGGCUAGCAAAGCAAAAUUUGAUUUAGUCAUCGGAGAGCAGCUCACACUGGAAGCUUUUAAUGUAUUAGCUCACAAAUAUAACGCGCCUCUAGCGCUUGUUACAACUUUUGGCAAUUGUAUGAAACACAAUUUUCUAACAAGGAAUCCCUUACAAUGGGCAAUACAAACUUUUGAACUGUUAGGCCUGGAGGAUCCUACUAGCUUUUUUGGCAGAUUAAGAAAUAUGUAUUUCUCAAUAUAUGAAUAUGUUUGGUGGAGGUUUUGGUUUCUAGAAAGACAAGAAGAAUUGGUGAGAAAGUAUAUACCAGAUCUACCAGAACCGGUACCUAGUUUGUACGAUAUUCAAAAGAACGCGUCCCUUAUGCUUGUCAACAGUCAUUUUAGUGUGGAUACCUCCAUGGCCUAUUUGCCAAAUAUUGUUGAAAUAGGUGGAAUACAUCUUUCAACGAGCGACAAAAUUUUACCAAAGGAUCUUCAAGACUAUUUAGAUGGUGCUGAGUAUGGGGUGGUAUAUGUAAACUUUGGUUCAAACGUGCAAAGUACGGACUUAUCAUAUGAAAAGAAGCAGGCUUUUAUUAAUGUGUUUAAGCGUUUAAAACAAAGAGUUCUUUUUAAAUGGGAGGAUGAUGAUCUAGUAGGGAAGCCAGAUAACGUUAUGAUAGGCAAAUGGUUACCGCAAAAGGAGAUACUUGCUCAUCCCAAAAUUAAGGUGUUUAUAUCACACGGCGGUCUAAUAGGAACACAAGAAGCAAUUUACAACGGAGUACCGGUUAUAGGAAUACCAGUGUUCGCUGACCAAUUCAACAACAUUCUGUUACUUCAAGAUAUGGGAAUCGGAAAACUCUUGAAAUAUAAAGACAUCUCAGAAGAAAGACUUUACACUUUACUACGAGAUGUACUAGAUGAUGAAGGUUAUAGAACAAAAGCGAAGGAGAUCUCCAGAAGAUUUAAAGAUAGGCCCAUGAAUGCGUUGGACACGGCUAUUUUUUGGUUGGAAUAUAUAAUUAGAAAUAAUGGGGCAUCAUAUAUGAAGAGCCCCGCUAUGGAAUUAAGCUGGCUUGCAUACACAAUGCUCGAUGCUGUUCUCCCGUUCUUUCUCUUUCUAUAUGUGGUGUAUCCUUUCUGCAGUGAUGCAGCAAAUAUUCUUUUGGUGAUACCUUUUACAACGAAAUCACAUUAUAUAAAUCUAAAACCUAUUGGCUUCGAAUUAGCUCGACGUGGCCAUAAUGUAACGGUGAUCACGCCAUACAGAGAGAAAGAGUAUCCACCUAAUUAUCACCAAGUAAUGGUGAAGGAUACAAAAAUAUGGGAUGCGCUUGGUACCGAACGUCCAAAUGUCUUUACAAUGGUCGAUUUGAACGCUGAAGAGUUCCAUAACAAAAUUAUUUGGCCCGGUGGAUUAGCGCUCACAGAGGAAGCCUUGAAAUCAACUGAGGUGCAGGACCUUCUAUCAAGUAACGCUAAGUUUGAUUUGAUUAUUAACGAGCAAUUUUUCCAAGAAGCUUUCUAUGCAUUAGCUGUGAAGUAUAACGCACCACUAGCUUUAGUUAUCACUCACGGGAAUUGUAUGAAACACAAUUUCGUUACGAGGAAUCCCUUGCAAUGGGCCACAAUAACACAUGAGCUAUUAAAUUUACAUCAUCCAACGAGCUUCCUAGGUCGACUGAGAAACAUGUAUUUCUCUCUUUAUGAGCUGUUUUGGUGGAAAUUCUGGUUCCUGAUAAAACAAGAGGAGCUGAUGUACAAGCACAUCCCGGGGCUGCCAGACCCGAUGCCAAGUUUGUACGAAGUGCAGAAAAAUGCGUCCUUAUUGCUUGUUAAUAGUCAUUUUAGUGUUGACUCGCCGAUAGCGUAUUUACCGAAUAUAAUAGAAAUUGGUGGGAUCCACGUCGUCAAUAGCAACAAGAGUCUUCCACAGGAUCUCCAAGGGCACUUAGACGACGCAGUACAUGGGGUGGUGUACGUAAAUUUCGGUUCAAACGUGAGAAGCUGCGAAUUGAGCCAAGAAAAGAAACAGGCGUUCAUCAAAGUAUUCAAGCGGCUCAAACAAACCAUUAUUUGGAAAUGGGAGGACGACAAAUUGGAAGAUAAACCUAAAAACGUGAUAAUACGUAAAUGGCUGCCGCAAAAUGAAAUUCUGGCCCAUCCAAAUGUUAAAGUGUUCAUCUCACACGGCGGCCUUAUAGGCACACAAGAAGCCAUCUACCACGGCGUCCCAGUGAUAAGUGUGCCCAUAUAUGGAGAUCAGUUAAACAAUGUCCUCACUCUAGAAAACCUUGGCGUCGGUAAAUUGUUAAGCUACCACAACAUAACCGAGACGAACCUAUACAGCUUGAUCAGUGAGAUGCUAACAAACCCGUCUUAUAUGAAAAAGGCGAAAGAAGUUGCCAAACGUUUCGUUGAUAGACCAAUGAAUGCCUUGGAUACAGCUGUAUUUUGGUUAGAAUAUGUGAUAAGGCACAACGGAGCUGAUCAUAUGAAGAAUCCAGCUAUAGAACUCAAUUGGUUUUCGUAUACGAUGCUUGAUGUAUAUACGUUUGUAUUAUUCGUCCUUAUGAUUGUUCUGUAUAUGAUAUUAAUGUUCUUGCGUUUUCUAUUUUGCAAUAGAAACACGAUGAAAAUGAAAAAGGCUUAA